GAAUAGAAGCAUCAAAACUCCGGACCACGGAACUGCGUGCUGGGGAGCCUAUGAGGUGUCUGCUGUGAACCUUUUUAAAUAUUCAUGCCAGCUGAUAUAGGGUUGUGUUUGGCACCGAGGUUACAGCUGUAAUUAGUUUCUGUAGUCGUGUAUCGUAAAUUGCACUCACCAAAGCAUUACCGCGUACGGUAUUGCAUCAAGACUUCCAGGAAACACUGCUGCUACUGUAUAUCCAGUACAAACAGACGAUCAACAUGAAAACCAUAAUUGUUGCAGUUUUUCAGGCGUUCUUUUUCGUCAAUGUUUUUAUUCAGCAAGGGAAUUGUGAUGUUUUUUUCAAGAGGCACACGCCAAAAAAUACCAAGAUUCUCGGUUUCUCUUGGGAGAACUGCGGUAAACCCGCCGAUCCAGCUGUGUUGAAGAGCCUUGAUUUGUCACCUGACCCAAUAGGUAUUCCCGGAGACGUGACUGCCAGUGCUGCUGGUACUACGACUGUGGGGCUGGUUGCUCCUCUGUCUCUGAACGUGACCCUGGAGAAGGAGGUGGCUGGAUUCUGGGUUAAGGUGCCCUGUGUGGAGGAGCUCGGGAGCUGCCAUUACCCCGAUGGGUGCCAGCUGCUGGACAUGCUCAUCCCUCCCGGUCAGGACUGUCCUGAGCCCCUGCACACAUACGGGAUCCCCUGCCACUGCCCCUUCAAGGCGGGGGAUUAUUCGCUGCCUAAGUCUGACUUCUACCUGCCGAACGUGGACCUGCCAUACUGGCUGACCAAUGGGAAUUACAAAGUGGAGGGAGUACUGGGUUCAAAUGGCCAGGAGCUGGGCUGCCUCAAAGUGGCCCUCUCUCUCCACUCAAACUAAUCCCAGGUCCAGCACCAUCCACAUCCAUGUCUUUGGGCAACCACCUUGGAUAUCUAUAUUCCACGAAUCAAGAUAUGUACCAGUUGACCGAACUGUAAUAAUUACAUGGGCUUAUUCAGAAAUUAUACCAAUAGCUUAAACACUUUUUUUAUAUUGAAGUAGCAGGUAUGGGAAUGAAGUAUUACUAGAAAACGUUUCACAGAAAUUAAUAGGUGAGCCCUUAAUAAGUGAGGUUGUUAACCACUGCUUUGCCGAACCAGUACUUUGCCUUGUCUCAAAUGCCAUUUAUCUACGUUUUAAGGCCAAUACUUUUUUUAAGCAAAUGACAUAUUAAUAUUAAAGAUGCAUUGAAUGCAGUAUUUCACUUUAUUUAGUGAGAGCAUAUUAGUAUGUUUUCUGUAUAAUGUACUGUAAAAUCUUCAGGUUCUCUAAGGUACAUGGGGAAGAGGUUCACCAGAAUAUUUCUAUGAAGUUUCUUUCUUCGUUUUUAAUUGUAUAUUUGAUUAAAUGCACUUUUGGGUUUUACCAUGUCAUAUGUAUGAUUCCAUGUUCUUUUGCAAAUCAUAUGGAGCCUACUCCAGUGGGAAUAAUUGUAUGUUUCAUUGAAUUAUGGCAGAAUGCCAAUGUUACAAUAUUACCCUAAAAUGCUAGCCACUGCUGUGCCUGUGAUGAUGCGUGCAGUUAACUGAGGUCUGACAUAUGCAGUUUUUGUGAAUGUAGAAAUCAUGCUGGAACAGGAGAUCUGGAAUCUCCACUUGUUAUGGUAGUGUUGACGAAUGGAGCCAAAAUCUUUCAUAUAUUGUAUGAGACUUGGCAGGGUUUUUAACUGUUUUGUUCACGUCAUCUCAUCUUCUAUUGUUUGUUCUACAUUGUGUCAUUUUGUACCAGUGUCUAAUCUCUUAAAUAAAUCACUUUAUUUCCCAUUUUUUUAUGA